CCCCUGGGAUACAGUGAUCAAAGCUGCUAUGAGAAAGUACCCCAACCCAAUGAAUCCAUGUGUGGUAGGAGUGGAUGUCCUCGACAGAAGCCUGGAUAACCAGGGGAGGUUGCAUAGUCACCGUCUUCUCAGCACAGAGUGGGGAUUGCCGAGUAUUGUAAAAGCGAUUUUAGGAACAAGUAGAACUCUGACUUACAUUGAGGAACAUUCUGUGGUAGAUCCAGUGGAAAAAAAGAUGGAGCUUUGCUCAACUAAUAUUACUCUCACAAACUUGGUGUCUGUUGAUGAGAGACUGGUUUACACGCCUCAUCCUGAAAACCCUGAAAAAACUGUGCUAACUCAAGAAGCAAUUAUUACUGUCAAAGGCAUUAGCUUGAGCAGUUAUCUGGAAAGCUUAAUGGCAAAUACAAUAUCUUCUAAUGCCAGAAAGGGUCGGGAUGCCCUGGAGUGGGUGAUCAGCAAACUAAACACCGAAUUGGAGGAGCUGAAGUCAACACGUGAGGGUGUGAAACCAGCCAUGGCAGCAGCGUCAACAGAAAAAUAAAACCAAAAAUGCCAAGUAACUGCCAGAAAAGUUUUAUUCUGCAGACUGCUUUGUAGAUCUCCCUUCCAAGGCUGAUCUGCAGAGGUUUUAUAUGUUUAUAAGAAUAUUCGAUCAGCGGAAAAGUAACCUCACCUGUCAUCUCCACAGCAGCUCCUGUUGCCUACUGAAGAUUAAAUUGACCUCCUGCAGAUCCUCUUUUCAUUUAAACAGUUGAUUUUUAACACUGGAAACAAAACAUUUAGCACAUUUAAAACUGCCUAAAUGUGCCUUUUAUCACAAAGAUAGAGAGUAUGAUGUAUUUACACCAUCUCGACUUUUCGUACUCAAACUUGAAAAGAAUGCAUGUGCGGUAUUGAGGGUUUUCCAUGUGAACAUUUGUUCUGUGAGGGGCUGGUAGGUACUAGAGCACUGAAUUUUGUCUGUUUUAUAAUCUGGUAGUGUCUUGUGACCAUUUAAAGGGAACUACAUGAGUCAGAACAUGUUACUGUAGAAUUAGAUACCUAUCUAGAGGAUCAUCCUGAAAAGCUAAAACUUGUGCGGUACUAACUUUUCUCAUGUUGUUUAAAUGUGCUGCCUGAACAUGACACACAGAUACUUUACCUCUUAGAUGUUUGUAUCCAAACAAAGAUAAAGUUUCUAUUGAUGUUAAUAGCCUAAAACAGUUUUUUGGUGGGGAGAAGGGUAUAAUUUAUUUUCAUAUUUAUUAACUUGCCCUAGUUCCUCCCUUCCCUAUGAGGAGAGAGUAGGAAUUCCUGGAAGGUGCUGGAAAAUAGUUCUCUUAUGUAUCUCUAAGAAGGGUACUUGCAGGCUACUUGAAUGAAGAGACUGUGCUGUUCCACUGGUCCUUGCUCUUCACAUCAUGUCUUAACUGAGGGAGAGACUGAUGCAAUAGCCGGAAGAGUUGAAAUGAGAAAUAAGGAGGAUAUCUGCAAUCCAAAUGGUAAGGUUUCAUGGACAUGUACUUUUCACACACUGAAUGGAGAAAACGAAGAGUACAAGAACAACAAAUGGACUCUCCUUUUUGAGUGCUUUCUGUUAACUACUGACUACCGGUGUAACUGAUUUUUUUUCAACACUUUUCCACAUUGGUACAAAAUGGUUUUAGGAUCAUCUUAAAUGCUUCUCAUUACCUGGAAAAAUACUCCAGAACUGCAGAACUUGUUUCCUAUGAAAUGUGUAUAAAUAUAUAUUGGUAACAGUCCCAGCCUUGUCUGAUGUUCACACAACUUUCAUAUUUGGUCCAGGUGUAGUAUAUGUUUUUUAGACAGCCCUCUGUUAGGGCAUUUUAACUUAAUUUUUUGGUGUGCACGCAAAGUGAAAUAAAUGUUGCAAGGAUGCUUACUCAUUCAAGUGGCAAGCAUGUGUUAGGAAGCUGUUAAAGAGCAUGAGUAACUUCUAAAAAGACUAGAAGAGUAAAAUGUCAGUCACUGUUUUGAUCUGUAAUUUUAAAGUGUCUGUAGCUUAAGGGAAAUUUCAGCAUUCGUAUUCUGGUUAGUUUGAAAGUGAACGUGAAUUUGGGUGUAACUGUAGUCUUACUAAAUUACAUGAUCCUAAUGAAUAAACUUAAUUUAAACAUAAAUAUAUAGCUAUAUAGUAGUCAAAAGCAAUUCAAUGACUACCUAAUAUUUACAUUAUUCUUCUUAUAUGGACCUAAAGCCUUUCUUAUUUCAGAACAGAAACUUAGAGCUUAAAGACUGAUAGUAGCUCCUUUCCAGAAGAUAACGCUGGAGAGCUUUGGUGCAGGUCGGUUGUUGUGCUUCUCAGAGGAAUUGAUGCCACUGCCUGGAUGAAGACGGUAGAUGUUGUAGCUCCUGGUGGCGUUCUGCUGGGAAGGGGAGUGCAGCUGUGGCAGAGCUCUGCAAAUGAAAGGAAAAGAUGAGUAAGUGUGUGUGUGUGCACGUGGAAACCUGUACUACAGUAUUUCCAUAUGUGCUUACAGGAGAUGAUGAAAAUAUAACUGUCGGGGAGGUAGGCAAGUCUUUGGAGAGGUUCAUGUAUUGCUUCAGUUUGGAAGAAGAAUUGUCUAAAGCUGCUUCUUGCAUCGGGUUUGAAAUAAUUGCUUAGUGUUGUCUUAAACCAACUGGCUUGUGCUUAGCACCCUCCAGCACUAGCUAAAAGUCACCACAGGCUCCUGUAUUCUGUCGAGGGCUGAACAACUCUGCUGCACCUUAGGGUCAAUGCCAGUUAUGCAACAGUUUUCUGGAUUACUUUCUUUGCACUUUUGUUUCCUUCUUCCAGAAACAAAUCCUUACCUCCUUGUGUUGUAGCAUCUCAUUCCUGUUUCAUUCCCAGCUGGUUUUGGGCUGCUUCCUCUCUACAUUUCAUGCUACCUGGGAACUAUGUGGCCAGAUGCUUGGCUUUCCAACCUGUCUGCUGCUCCACUUGCUGUGAAUCAGCACCUUGCCUGCUUGUGCUCAGUUCUCUUCUGCUUUUCUCCAGGCUAAAAGGGAGUGGGGAAGCUUUGGGUAGGAAAAAGGCUAAUUUCUUCCAGAGGCCCGUUCCGUCACGCAGCUGCCUCUCUCCGCGGCCAGAGGGUGCUGCUGCUUCUCACCCUGUCUUUGGGGUAGGUGACGCUCCUGCACCUGCGGGCUUACUGAUCUUCCUGUGGUUGCUCAUUUUGCCAGUGUGUGCGAAGGACCUUGCAGGCAGUGGUCACACUGGGAUCAAGGAGGCUCCAGUGUGUAGCAGAUGAAGUGAUUCUUAGUUUCCCAUAAGCUUUCCUGGACGCUUUCACUCCUCUGUUUUCUGUCCAUCUGGUUUGGGCACAGGGCUCCCACCCUUCUUCUUUGACCAUGUGACUUCUCCGUGGGCUCUGGUGGGAUCUGUAGCUCUGUGGUCAGCCCUGCUGUGUGUAACGCUGCUUUUGAAGCAGUCUGUUUCUCACUACAGUUCUGUCACAGUUACGGUCUGAGGUGACCCUUGGGGCAAAAAAAACCCCUACUUUUGGAAUCACUUAUCAUAGAAUCAUAGAAUGUUUUGGGUUGGAAGGGACCUUUAGAGGUCAUCUAGUCCAUCUUAUCUUGGUCCUUUCCUAGGGAAACUCCCCAUCUAUUCUUUACUUACUGGAAAUGGCUAAAAAAUAUUUCUGAAGUCAAUUUUUUGUCUUGAGCACUGAUUGAGGUGUUGGUCAAAGACAGAAAGCCACAUGUGAGUGAAAGCACUAGGCUGAUUGCAGGGGCAGGGGGCACGUAGCUUUUUGGAUUGGUGCAGAAACAGCUGAGAAUGUAGGAGGAAAAAAGAAUUUCUAAAGCAGAGAUGGCAUUAAGUCAACGCAUAUUAACUCGGAAGGAGCUUGAAGCAUGGGGACGAAACAAAAGCAAGCUCAGCGCUUGUAACCAUGCUGAUUAAUGGGUAGCAAGUGCCAUUUUGAGUAAGAAUUCUGCACUUUCAGAGGUGAAAACAGAACUGCAAUAGAGUUUUUGUGUGUUGAGGGAGGGAGGUUGUUUGCUGCUGCUGUUCAAGCCACUGAGGCCCGCAGUUCAGCAUUUCUCAGCCCUUAGGUUGCAAUUCAAGCAAAAGGGAGUUGGGGGCGUGUGUGUAGGGAGGUGGUUUGGUUUUUAAGAGUUCAGUGCCAGCGUAUCAGGUCUCCAGCGUGGUUAGCAGCGUGGCUGCUCACCCUGCCCAGUAACUACGGCUGCGUUGCACACGCCUGCUGUGGAAGGGUGACGCUGGGGAGAGCAGGUUCCUGGCUGUGGGGGAAACGGUGAGGGAAGCCAGCAGCGGUGCUUCCCAGAGCUUGGCAACCUGGGUGCAUUAGCACUUGGCCCUGAAGGAUUUUAAGAUGUUGAAGAUAGGAAACUUGAGGUAAACACUGGUUUCUGGCUGGUGUGUGGUUUUCAUGCUAGCACAGGCAGGCUCGUGUUAGCCACAAACGGCAUUAACUUAAAACAGGCUCAUCAAAUGGUCUGGCCUGCAAGCAGUUUUGUGUAGACUAUAAUUUCUUUUUUUCUUUUUUUCCCUGACUUGCCCUUGUGCCAGUGUGUGUCCUCUGUGCUCCCCCAUACUCCUUGUUCCCCCCCCCUCACCGCCCCAGGUCAGCAGGCACAACGGGGGAAGGGUCGUAUUUGCUGGGAAAAGGGGCAAUCCUAGGGUCAUUCGCUUGCAGUAUUCUUGAAAGACUUGCUUAGCGCAAGUAAAGGCACUGAACUGCAGCAAGCAGCAUGUAUCAGGAAUUGAUGUAUAGCCUAUAUCAGGCAUUGAUGUAUGUGAUGGUGUAAGUAAGCAGCACUGAGUAAGAUGGCCAGUGACAUUCCUUGAUGUGACACUUUUCAUUUAAAGCUUCAGGUGGAGCAGUGCGUAACAUCCUUCCUGUUCUUGCAUCUUCCUAGAUUGUAAGCUGUGAAGGGCAGGACUCUGUAAAGUGUCUACGUACACUAUGGUGCUAUCUUAAAUAAAUGACAUCCUCAGUUUAAAAAAAAAACAAACCACUUCUGGGUGUAACUGCUGUAAUAUGAAAUGGGCUGUUGGUUUUCAGCAAAAGCUGCAGAAAAAUUAUUUGCAUUAAGUCAGUGCUGGGUAAGCUGUAAGCCACGCGUCGUACGGGUCAAAAGCCCUGGCCGGGGUCCUCUGUGCCUGAGCUGGUAACUUCGUUUGGGUCUGGCAGCUGCUUCGUUUAUGCAAUGAAACAGGAAAGAGUCAUCUACAACGAUUAGCCUUGACUUGUAACUAAGACUUUAUCUAGCUCAUAAAACUGGCUUCCUACCCCCCCCUACUGCUUGCCACCGGUCGGAACCAUGCAGGUUAUGGGCCAGCCUUUAAGCGCAGCCCCAGGAAGCAGGUUGUGCUUUUGCUAUGAAUUUGUUCAACAAAAAGGCAUUUUUUUGUGAAGGACAAGCCUGUCCUCUCAAUUUUUCCACAGCUGAGGUGACUGAAGUACAAUUCUCAUUUUAUUGAAGGCACCCACAAGUAAAAUCACCAGCAUUAAAAUCCUCAGCUGGGGCCCUGCUGCUGUAAUACUUCUCCUUGUUACUCUGCUGUAAUUCUGUUUCUAAUAAGGGUCAGGGCUCUACCUGUGCUGUGUCAGAAAUUACGCUCGCUGCCUUUACAGUCAGCUCAAGAAAGCGAGAGCAACGCAAUGUCCUUUGUAAAGAACUUUUUAUUAGUAACGCAUAUACCAGAAAUUGCAUUUCAGUACCACAUAACAUGAAAACAAGCAGAAGACAAAUCUAUUGCCGUUCUCUGUUAGAGCUGAUGCCCCGGGUGUGCCUGAAGCCGCACAGACGGUACAUGCGCAGUGACAGCACAGAUGCAGGAGACCUUUGGGGGGGGGGUUGU